AUGGAAGAAUUCUCUUUCGGUGAAACCUCAACAUUCUCCAACAAAACCAGGUCACCAUUGAGCGAUCUAUUGGUGGGUGAGGAUGCACCUAAAUGGGCUCGUUUAAUGGUAAAGCAACUCGAACAGCACGCCAACCAGCUCAACCAGUUGGAAGCAGUACUGAAUGAGAAUGCCAAGCUACGCAGUGCCUUAAAACAAGCCAAUUCCAGAAUUUCCAUGUUAGAAGGCAAAAACCCCGCCUCUAAAUUAGGAGAUCGUUUUAAUUUCUCAGUCCCUGAGGAUCACCUCAAGAAAUUAGGAACACAAGCGUCAAAAUAUUCGGAUGCUAACUUUCCUCAAGCAAAGUCAACUCGUGCAAAGGAAUCAACUGUCGACAAUAAUGUCAACAAAGACAAGGCUCCAAAGACUAAGAAAGUACCCGUUACGGCAAAACAACGUAAGACCGCAGCACGUAUUUUCGAAGCACCUGUCAAUCGUGAAUUAUCCGGUAGUGGAUCCUACAAAUAUCUCUAUUUACCUAACAAAUAUAGAGACCGUUUAAAGGCUUUUCGUGACAAACUUAAGAAAUUAGGUAUCGAUAAUGGCCGUAUUUUGGAUAUCAACUAUCCCGCUCGUGGUGUGGUGGCUCUCCUGAUUCAUCAAAACUACGAAGUCGAGAUUGUAGACAUAUUCCAAAAGUUCAAGAUUGAUCCCAUCCCAGAUUUUAAUCCUAAAUCUACUGAUCAUCUUACGGAUCCAGCUCUUGCUGAGUUGGACACUGAUACACGUACUUCCAAGGCGGUUGAAUUUCAUCAAAAUAGAUUGAUAAAAGCUAUUGGAUAUAUACGUAAGUAUCUUCGACGUUCUGUUGCACGUGAUUUUAUUUCACAAGGAUGGAUUUCAGACGAUCAAGCUCGUCAGGCUUUAGCAGACGGCGAUAUUAAGGAUAAUAGCCGGAUGGAGGCGCAGAUCGAAAAAAACAAAACGAUCAAGCCCAACAGCUCUUUUGUCAGGAAACACCAAUCAGGUGCUCAACAAAGUGGAUCUCGCACAACAACUACACCAAUAACCCGAUCAGCAAAAGACCAGAGGCAUAUGGAUAAAAUUGAUCAAGCUAUGCUGGAUGAUGAACACUUGGCAAAGAUUUUCGGCGGUAGCACAGAGGUAAUAGAUUUAAUGGAAGAAGACACUGACACUACCAUUCAAUCUGGAUCUACACAACAACAAAAACAAACAACAACUCCUUUAGCUGGUUCAGGUGAAACUAGCCCCCAUCAUUAA